AUGGCCACUCGCAGCGAUCUUGCUAACGUCACACUCCUAGUGCCUCUCCGCCCCCCUUAUCAUUGCCCGGCGUGCCUUCCGGUCUACCGCGACUAUGUAGACCAUGGUGGAUUAUCUAGGCACCUGCGCCGGGUCCAUGGGGGCCACCUGAACUUUGAAUGCAGGGCCUGUCACGUGCAAUCAGAAAAACUGAAAGAAAUAAAACUUCAUCAAGCACGAUCUACCAAUUGUGCAGGAGCACUUCCUCCGAUGUCGCCCAAUCACACCUGCAGAGACCCCAAGCCGCGGGGCAGAAUUCCCACAGGUGCAAGACGACGCAACCGGUCAAAAGACUACGGCUUGGACGAAGCAUACCUCGCCUCCCAGUCUGCCACCAACAACGAGGUAAGUGCUAGCCAUCACCUAUCUCCUGAAUCUCCCCCAGCUGUCGACCCAGUGCAAGUUCCACCUGCCUCUGUGAGUCCAGCCAACAUGACCUGCACACCGCCGAGAAACAAUGACGACCCGAACCAGCCACCUGAGCCUGCUGCAUCUCCAUCAUCUCCACCUCUAGUACGUCGACCCCGUAGACGAACUCGCCAACGCCGACGCCGCACAUCCAACAGCAGCACCGCCAGCCCCACCACUACUGGCCCCUCUACACUUGAGCCUCCUCCAGAUGAACCUGCCGCCACCGUUGAGGACAUCCACCCGCUUCCUCCGCCAGCUGUCUCCAUCCCCGAGGAGCCACCUCCUGAGCCCGACACCACCGACACCAACGCUGAACCUCCCGCUUGGGUGAUCGCCUGGCGUAACCGCUUCGACUGCGCCCUGGAUGAGGACAUGCUCGAGGCUAUGGUUAACGACUUGUCAAACCUCGCCAAAAGCAUGAUCCCCCAGCCCACCAGACACCAGCGUCCUCGCCACAACAGACCCCAGCGUAACCAGCACUACAACCAUCGGAGUGACGCCAAUGCCGCAGCCGCCAGCAGAAUUCAGCGUCUGUAUCGGGCCAACAGGAGCAAAGCUUUUGAUGAAAUCACACGGGGCCCUGGGCGAUACUGCAAUAUCGACAAAACAACUCUUGAGGAACAUUUCACCAGCGUAUAUGGCCUACGGCAAGUACCACAAGAGCCACUCGUCAACCUGCUCCCACCACCUCCGCAACCAACAACGAGCGAUCCGCUCAGUGCAGCCUUCACCCCGUCAGAAGUAGCAAAACGGUUAGCCAGAUGCCACAACACGGCCCCUGGCCCUGACCAUAUCCGCUACUAUAUCUGGCGCCGCCUGGAUCCACAAGGGCACAUCCUAGCAGCCCUCUUCAAUGCCAUCCGAAGAACUGGACAUAUCCCCGAAUCAUGGAGAACUUCAACAACCAUUCUCCUCCACAAAAAGGGCGACCAGAGCUGCACCAACAACUGGAGGCCAAUAGCACUCGCCAAUACCCUGGGGAAGAUAUACUCGGCCUGUGUGGCCAAUCGGCUGCUCCUGUGGUGCGAGGAAAACAACAUCAUCUCCUCUGCACAAAAAGGUUUUAUGCGGUUCGAGGGAUGUUCCGAACACUCCUUCGUGCUGCAAUCCACAAUCCAGGACGCCCGCCGCAGGAACAGGGAGUGCCACGUUGCAUGGUUGGACUUGGCCAACGCCUUUGGGUCAGUCCCACACAACACCAUCCUUACAUGUCUCAGGUGGUGUGGCCUCGACCCCUCGUCCAUAGACUGCAUCGAAAGCCUCCUUAAAGGCUGCCAUACCUCCAUACGCACCAGCUCCGGAUACACGAAUCCCAUCCCCAUCUGCGCAGGCGUUAAACAGGGCUGCCCUCUAAGCCCGAUCCUUUUCAACCUGGUAAUCGAGCCCGCCCUACGCCUCAUCAAUAAUCUACAGCAUGGGUACCAACUCCACGACCAAGCCAUCUCCAUAUUGGCAUAUGCUGAUGAUGUCACCAUAGUUAGCAACUCUACCACCGGACUUCAGGCACAACUGGAUCUUCUUUCUACCUGGGCCCAGUGCAGCGGACUUGCUUUCAACCCAUCGAAGUGUGCCACCCUCUCAGUGGCAAGCAAGUACCGUUGCGCCACUAACCCGAGCUUUACCAUCCAGGAGUCCAGUAUCCCACAACUGGGUAAGAAUGAUUAUUAUCAACAUCUUGGUGUCCCUACAGGUUUUUCUCUAGGUAAAUCCGCCGAAGCAAUAAUCGACGACAUCAUCUCGGACUUAAAGCGCAUAGACAACUCCCGCCUCGCCCCCUGGCAAAAGAUCGACUGUGUCUCAACUUUUCUCACUUCAAGACUGACGUUCCACCUUACGGUAGGUAACGUACAAAAGCGGAAGCUCUCCAUUCUCGACAAGCACAUCAAAAGAAGCGUCAAACGAUGGAUGUAUCUUCCCCAACGAGCCAGUCCGGAGCUAAUAUACAUGCCCCACGGCCAGGGUGGCGCUAACAUCACACCCUGCAAUCUACUCGCCGAUGUAGCCCAGGUAAGCCACGCGGUCCACCUUCUCCUUUCUAGGGACACUACUGUAUCCGCCUUGGCCUUCAAAACCCUAAGACUAGUCGUGGAGAAACGGAUCAAGCGUCUGCCCACUGAUGCCGACCUCUGCACCUACCUGGCCGGCUCAAUGGCCAACGAAUUCGGAUGCGAUCCGUAUGACAUACCAUCCGUCUGGACCCGGCUCCGCAUGGCUACUCGGCGACUCAAGAAAAGGAUCGACAUCAACUGGACUCCCAACAACGACGGCACCCUGAUCCCCAUCAUCAACGGCAGGCCAAUCAACAAAAACACGGCAGCAAAAUCCAUCUCUGCAGCCGUAAGGGAAUCCUUCCUCGGCUCCCUCCUCAACAAGCCAGAUCAGGGAAAGGCCUAUAAGAUUAUUGCAACCAACCACCACAGCAACCACUUCCUGCGCGAGGGCAACUUUACCCGCUUCGCCGAUUGGCGUUUUAUUCAUCGCGCCCGGCUCAGCGUGGUACCCUUGCGUGGACUCCGUAGAUUCGGCAAUGCAUCUCAAACCUGCAGAAAGUGUCGCCGGCAGCGGGAAACGUUAGCACACGUUAUCAACCACUGCCCCCCAAACUUUAGGAUGAUCACUAUGCGGCACAAUGCCAUACUUGAGCGUCUCAACAACUCGUUCAACCAUAGGAACUUAACAGUGUACAGUAACCAGCAAAUUCCGGACUUCCCAAGUUCCUGUCGCCCUGACCUCGUAGUCCUCAACAGCAACCCGAAGACGGCCACCAUAGUGGAUGUCGCUACCCCAUUUGAAAAUGGGGCCGACGCUUUCCAUCGUGCCAGGACUGAAAAAAUAAACAAAUACACCGACCUCGCAAAUCACUUCCGCAGCCAGGGCUACGAUACCUUUAUUGACGCCUUCGUCGUUGGCGCCCUUGGCGGAUAUGAUGCUGCUAACGAGGGCAUUCUCCAGCGCCUGGGAGUGAACAGGAACUACGCGAAGCUGAUGAAAAAACUCAUGGUCAGUGACUGUAUUCGCUUCAGCAGGGAUAUCUACGCCAACCAUCUUAGUAAUCAUCAGCGAAACUAA